AUGCAAAAGCUCAAGAAGGGCAUGGGAGAAGUGUGUGCGCAACAGGCCUUGGUGACUACGUUGGCUGGGGCACGGCCGUACUAUGUCGUCAUGGAGAUCUUCGCUGGAUGUGCGAGAUUGACGGCCAGGGGAUCAGUGCGUGAGGGGUGGCGAGCAAUGGAGCCGAUUGACAUCAUCUACGGCUAUGACCUGAAGAACCCGGUCACGCAGAAGCAGAUCCUGGACAGAAUCGGAGAUCUCAAGCCGGACUUGGUCACGCUCAGUCCUCGAUGUGGACCAUGGAGCCAGAUGCAACGCAUCAACCCCAACGUGGACAAGGUGAUGGAAGAUCGGCAGCAGGACAUUCCACUUUGGAGGUUCUGCCGCAAGGUAUGGGAUGAGCAAGACAAAAAUGGACGAUUAGUCCUGACGGAGAACCCAUACCAGUCGGCGGCGCUGACCAUGGACUUCAUGAUGGAGCGACCCAAUUUGCACAGAUCCAAGAUCCCCCAGUGCGCCUUCGGUUUGAAGGAUGCAGUGUCGGGAAAACCUCACCAGAAGUACACCGCCCUGGAUGUCAAUGAUGCUGGCAUGCGAGAAGCGCUGAUGGAGGGGGCUACAUGCAGGCACACCCCGGAGGAGCACCAACCGAUCGAGGGCAACGUCUUCUACAAUGGCAGAUGGCAGCGUCGAUCGGCUUUGGCAGCAAAGUGGCCUGAAGAACUUUGUGACCACAUUUUGCGUGCAGCCGAGAGCGCAUGGGAGAAAUGUGACCAGCAUGCACCCAAGAAGUUGACAGAAGGUCGUGAAGCUGGGGCAGCACACUACAUCCUGCCAGUGGAGCCGACACCUACCCCGGAGGGAGAAUUGAGAAGACAGCUGGAAAAGGCUGAUUGGAGAGGAGGCCAGUACGACUAUGUCUAUUUUGAUGGAGUUGCUCGACAAGGUCCCUACAAGAUGAGGCAAGCUUUGGCGCAUUUGCAUGUCGUGCUGGGGCAUCCUUCCAUGGAACGAUUGGUGCGGAUGCUCAUGAUCAGCGGGUGCAGCAACCAGGUGGUGGAGAUUGCCAAAGGGUUGAGAUGCCAGAUUUGUCAAGCAGUACGUCCUCCUGGAGCUGAACCGAAGGUCGCGGCUACGCGGCCGACCCGCUUUGGGGAAAGGGUGUUGUCUGACUCCUUUUUCGUGUGGGACGUCAAAGGCGAGAGGUUCAAUGUCACUCACAUGAUCGACGGCUUGACUGAGUAUCACAUGGGUUUGGUCAGCAAGCAGGUGGGGGCGGAUGUCACAACGGAGCUGCUGCAGAACAGAUGGUGCGCAGUGCUGGGCCCCCCCGAAGUCUUACAGACCGAUGGAGGGAAGGAAUAUGCAGAUGUGGUUCAGCGAGUUUCCAGACUGCUGGAUUUCCGGCAUGAAGUGGUUCCACCAGGGGCCAAAUGGCGUCAGGGUCAAGUAGAACGACAUGGCGCCAUUAUCAAGCUGAUGAUGAUGAGGGUGAUCUCGACGCAGCAGGCAGCCGGGUUGGAGGAGAUCAAGUUGGUGGCCGCGAGCUGCUUCAAUGCCAAGAACCGCUUGUGCAACAGAGCUGGCCUGUCACCGUUGCAAGCGGUCACGGGCAAGAACACAACAGUCCCCGUUUCGGUGAUGGAGCAGCUCUGCAGUGGUCAAGUGAGGUUUGCGAUGAACGAAGAACUUGAACUACGAGAUGCACUUCGUCGAGCAGAACGCAUUCGGGCAGCCGCCAUCGACAGCUACAACUGGAUUGACUCCAACCAAGUCAUCAGGGAAGGGCUGAACAGGCGAUCAAGGCCACCGAAGUUGGAGGGGAUCUUUGAGGGCACCACGGUGUAUGUGCAUGAGCCCCCACCCAAUCGUCGAGGCCAACAUCGGCGACUGCAAGACCAUUCCAGCUGGGAUGGUCCAGGCUUGGUGGUCUGCGUGGAGCGUCAACAGAACGUUCCCAAUCGAGUGUGGGUUCGCAUCAGAGGGAAGGUGCGAAGUUAUCCAUUGGAAAAGUUACGACUGGCCACCCCAGAUGAGAUGCUGGGAUCACAAUUCAGCGUGCAGAUCUUGGAGGAGAUGCAGGACGAGAUCAAGAAGGGCAAUCUGCGCCUUGAGGAAGAUCGCAAUCAGCCGGUGCGUGCAUUGCCUGCGGUGCCCAACACAUCGGCGAACAUGGAGGAGGUCGACAACGAGAUGUUGGAUGACACGCAGGUGCAAGAGCGCAUGCGCAGAGUGCGCAGAAUGGAGAUCAUGAAUGACGUCCCGGAUUCGAUCCGACAAGGUGCUUUGUCAAGUUCAAGCCAGAGCAGCAGAGUCCUUGUGAGAAAGCUGGACGCAAGUGAGAGAAGGGACCUCUUGAUGGAGGAUGAUGCAGAGAUGUCUGAAGAACCAGUGGCACCAGCUGAGGAAGUGGAACCCAGUCGUUUGAGGUUUCCUGAGAAGAAAGCGCUGUUUGAGAAAGGAAGGCGUGAAGGAGGGUUGCCGUCGACCUUGACUGAAGCGCGUGUGAGAAGUGGAAUGGGCCUGGCCAGCCGGCAGGUGAAGAACAUCAGGAAGCUCAUCAACAAGCAGCGAAGGGCACCAAUGACACCUCAAGCGCGCCAACAGAGAUCAGAAGAACAAUCAGUGGGCAGUCUGGUGAUGUUGGCAGAAGUGCUAGAACCGACUCCUCAUGAGGUCUUGUGGCAAGAGUCAUGCAAGGAACUGGAGGAGCAGGAAGCAUUCUGGAAUUCGCCUUUGGUGAAGAAGAAGGACCUGCAGAAGAUCAAUACCAAGAUCGAGGACAAGGUCUAUGAGCACCGAUCUGAUCUGGCAAGGGGGAAGAUCGUCACCGGCAAAGCCAGAUUGGAAUAUCAAUGGUCGCAGCUCAAUGACGAAUGGAAGAAGGCCUAUGAACAGCCUUUGGUCAAGGCUGUGAAGAUCUACUUCGACCAUGAUGCGCUGGCUGGUGUACCCAAGGACAAGGUGAUCAACCCAAAGAGGAUCCUUUCAACAAGGUUCGUGCUGACCAACAAAGGUGGGCCGGAGUUGAAGGAUGCGAUCUUGAAGGCCAGACUGAUUCUUGGAGGACACAUGGACCCCGACAUGGGCAAGUACGCCACGCUAGCACCCACGGCAGCGCUCCUGGCGCACAAUCUCAUCAACUGGAUUGCGGUGCAGAAGCAGUGGGUGGUAAACUAUGAGGACGUGUCCAGUGCCUUUCUGCAGGGCAAACCCUUGCCCAAAGAACGGGAAGUUUACAUCAGGUUGCCGAAGGGAUAUCCAGAGUGCGUGUGGAAGUUCAUCUUGGAGCAGCUGGGGGUCGAGUAUCGAGAAGACUUGCUGCAGUUGACGAAGGGCGGCUUCGGUCUUCCGGAAUCACCCAGACUGUGGUAUCUAUGCUACAGGGACACGCUCAAGGAAUGUGACAUGAAGGAGAUGGACAUCCUGCCGGGCGUGUUCGCAGCAUACCAUCCAGAUGGUGAAUUGCGAGCUUUGGCUUGCAUUCAUGUGGACGACACACGUUUUUGUGGAGAUGAGACAAGUCAGGAGAUCUGGGACAAGAUUCACCAGAAGCUCAAGUUUGGCGAACUGCGGCGUGCGACGCAAGGCUGGACGAAGUUUUGCGGAAGGUGGGAGAGGCAGAACCCGGAGACCCUUGAGUUUGAGUACGCCAUGGAGGAGUACGCCAAAGACAUUCAGAAGGUGAAGCUUCCCACCGGCAAUGCCAAGACUGCGAGCACUGCCAUGUCACCAGAGGAGAAGCUGCAGAUGUCAUCCAUCUUGGGUCAGCUGAAUUGGAUGGCGAGGCAGGGUCGCUAUGACCUAUCCUAUGGGGUGUCGCAUGUGCAACAGUUGGCAGCUCGAGAAGGUCGCGUUGCACUGGAAUGGCUGAACAAGGUGGUGUAUCGUGCCAAGCAGCCAGCGAUUCAAGUGGUGAAGAGGCUGAAGGACUGGCGAAACUACAUCAUUGUGUCGGCGAGCGACGCGGCCUAUGGAGCACAGCCUGGGGGAUACAGUCAGGGAGGCCUGGUGAUUUGCAUCGCCGAAAAGGGCAUCUUGGACGGUGAGGCGAACCUGGCUGUGGUGGAGGCGGCAAGCAUGAAGAUCCAACGAGUGGUCAGAUGCUCGAUGAGCGCAGAGGUCUCCAUGGCAGCAACGGCAUAUGAACAUGGAGAUUUUGUACGAGCUGCACUGGCAGAAGUUCUCAACAGAGACUUCGAUCUUCCGGAAUGGAAGGUAUGGGCCAGUGCACGUGAGCACUACCUGGUCAUUGACUCCAAGACUGGCCCAGGACAGGCAUCGGGGCCGAGGCAACAAUACAAUGACCAGCUACCGGCAGAUUCUUUGCAGAGGAUCCGAGUGGGAGAUGCUGUGGCCAAGGCCGAGCUUUUUGCUGUGGCUGCGAAGCAGUGCCAAGUUGGGGCCGCAGAAAGAGGCUGGUCGUAUUUGACGACUCAACUAGGCACACUAGGUUUCAGUUGUUGGUUGCUCUCGGGCUACGGCACUGCAUCUUUGCCAGUGUGGUACUUUGGCUUUUCGGCUGCUGUGGCGUACAAACUAGUGAGGUGUUGCCACGAUGAGUCAGUGCCUGGUGGAGUGCCUCACUGCUACCGGCCCGUGGAGGAAGAGCUUCCCAAAGUGGUGGAGCAGGCUUGGGCAGCAAGCUAUGCCUUCGCGCUGAAGACCGUGGAUCAAUGGAAGUCCUUCAGCCAGGAAAUCAUAGCCGCAUCAUCUGGACAGAAGAAGGACAAGAAGAGAAAGAAGAAGGUAUCCAACCUGACAGCCUCGCGGCAAACAGAGACCAGUGAGUGCUGCGGAUUCAACACCGGUGCCAUUCGGCAACAAGCCGUGCCUCCAGAGCUGUAUCCUAUCUUGUUGAAGCUGCUGAGUCCGAAUCCGUCUGAGAGGCUCACGAUUGCGGUGCGAGCCAUUCGCUUCUUGGAGCAGCUCAACGAGAAGGAUGAGACGCAGCGGGUGACCUUUCUUCGAGGUCUUCCGAAGCUACUCCAGGAGCUGGCUGUGAUUUCCGUUGACGUGGACACCAAAAGCCCCUUGUGCAGUCAACGAGUGAUGAGGGUCUUGCCCAGGCUUUGCGGCCCGGCACCCAAAGACAGGGCGCUUUUCUUUGUCUGGCAACGGCAAGCGGCGGAGGUCUUCCGCCAGGGUCAGCAGCAGCUGAGGAAAGCGCAGGCUUCGGUGGGCGAACAAGCAGUUGCUGAAUAUGAAGCCUGUGCUCAGCUCUUUUCAGAGGCCAUUUCACUUCGUGCCAACCAUGCUCAGUACUAUCAAGCUCGAGGUCGAUGUUUCCUCGCCUUGCAACAGUAUGCGCGGGCGCUGGCCGACUUCGGCAUGUGCUGCCGCUUGGACGAACACACGGCCAGACACUUCGGGCACCGCGGCCUUUGUUUUCGCCGCCUGGGGCGUGUGGAGGAAGCACUGCGCGACUAUGAUGAAGCACUUCGUCUGGAGAGGGCGAAAGCCGAAAAAGAUCCCUCCGAAACUCAUCAGCGCCAGGCUGCAGAGUAUUACUUUGAACGAGCGUUGGUUCACAUCGAUCUGGAGCAGUAUGAGAAAGCCAUCGAAGGCUUCACUCAGGCACUUGAGAAGCGUCUGGCCACUCCAUACAAGGCCUUCUUCCACCGUGGUAUUUGCUACCGGAGAGUUGGUCUCAUUUCGGAAUCCAUCCAGAACCUGAAGGAAGCCAUUAAUUUGGACACAACAAGCGCAGAAGCUCACAACCAUUUGGGCCUGUCACACAUCAAAGAGCAACACUUCGAAGAAGCUCGAAAUUGCUUUGCCAAUGCUGUUGAGCUGGAUCCUUGCUCAAGGUAUUUGAACAACCGCGGUCUGGCUUGCUACCACCUUGAGAAGUACACUGAAGCAGCGGAAGAUUUUACUGCAGCUCUGGAGGCUGAGCCUGGGAAUGCCUCAGUGCUCUUCAACCGUGGCAACGCGUCCUUCCAACUGGGCUGCCACCGGGAUGCCUUGGCGGAUUAUGCUGAAGCCAUUCGCCUGGAACCGGAGAAUGCCACCUACCUCCAUCACAAGGGCCUGGCUUACCAGGGCUGUGGAGAAGUGCGUGAGGCCAUUGCCUGCUACGAGGAGGCGCCGGCGCUGUCAGCUCACGGCUCAAAAAUCACCGAAAAGCCCUUCGCCGAGAUGCAGGGCAUCAUCCGUCAAGGUUCCAUCUUGGCAUCAUGUACCAUGCAGAUGGGCAGUAUGAUCGUGCCACUCCCAGAAGCAUGGACACAUGGAUGCGUCUGA